AUGACCUCCCCGUACAGAGAUCGGACAGCCGAGUUCCGAUCACUACUCCAAACGCUUCAAAAGAUCGGAGGGAUCUCAUCCGUCAAUGAUAGUCAUCUCCAAAACGACCACGUUUCCAAACCGCCUCCUCCUCUCUCUUCCAGAUCCGAGUUCAAUAAGAAGGCUUCCCUAAUCGGAUCGGGUAUCCAUGAAACCUCUCAAAAAAUCGUUAGACUUGCCAAAUUGGCAAAAAGGUCAUCCAUGUUCGACGAUCCGAUUAUGGAAAUACAGGAAUUAACUGCUUUGAUAAAGAGUGAUAUUACGGCAUUGAAUAUGGCACUUUCGGAUUUGCAAACACUUCAAAACAUGGAGAUUGCAGAUGGAAAUUAUUCCGAGGAUAGAGUUGUUCACUCGACGACGGUUUGUGAUGAUUUGAAGGGCAAGUUAAUGGGUGCUACGAAGCAUCUUCAAGAUGUUUUAACUGCAAGAACUGAGAAUAUCAAGGCUCACGAAAACAGGAAACAGAUAUUUUCUAAAAAUGCAUCGAGAGAGAACCCAUUUCAGCGUCAAACAGAAUCUGUGACUGAGCCACCUCCUUGGUCAAGUUCUUCAACUGCCUCUGGGAGUUUACCACAGUCAGGACUGCCACCAAAUGGAGUUCAAGCUGGCAGCCAACUCAGACGAAGGCCAGCUGUGGAUGGAACACCUUCCCACCACAUGGAAAUGUCCAUGUUGCAGCAGGUAGUUCCCAGGCAAGAGCACUACUCACAAAGUAGGGCAGUUGCUCUUCAAAAUGUUGAAUCUACAAUUUCAGAACUUAGUGGGAUCUUUACACAUCUGGCUACAAUGGUUGCACAGCAAGGAGAACUAGCUAUCAGGAUUGAUGAGGACAUGGAUCAAUCAUUAGCUAAUGUUGAAGGUGCUCGCAAUGCUCUUCUGAGGCAUCUUAACCAAAUAUCAUCCAAUAGAUGGCUUUUAAUCAAGAUAUUCAUUGCAAUCGUCUUUUUCCUGGUGGUCUUCAUUAUCUUUGUGGCUUGAAUGUGAUAACUUGAGAUUCCAAUAUAUCCCUUCUUGUUGUUGCAUGGAGUUGACAUCCAUGUAUAGCUUACUUUGUCAUAUUCAUUCUGUAUAUUCAAUUGGCAUUGCCAUUAUUUUCGGAUGGCCCUAGCUUGUAUAAAAGAUGCAGGCUUCUAGUUGUGUUGAGAGAAACAUAACUACAACAUACCUUAUUGCUUGUAACCAUGUUGAAAACCCAUUUUGUGCAUUAAGAGGUUGUUGUAAUUUGCAAAAAAUGAUUAAUUGAUAUCAAGUCAUGCAAUUAUAAUUCAAAAUGAUUUUUUUUGCUU